UUUGCGACGUUCGUUUGCGGCAGCGCGCGCGGGCGCGGCCCCGAGAGCCCGCCCGGGGACCGGCAGCGGUGCCGCUCCUGGCGCGGGGCGAAGGGAGGGACGGAGGGAGGGAGCGCCGGGGUUGGGGCUCGGAGCGAAGGGAGCAGCCCCGCCGCUGGAUGUUCCGCGGGGCGGCGCGGGGGCCUCCUCCUUCUCCUCCUCCUCCUCCUCCUCCUGCUGCUGCUGCUGCCGCCGCCCGGUGUGUGCGGCGGGGCGGGGCGCGGCUGCCGGGGGCGGCGGCGGCGGAUCGCGGCGGGCGCCCAAGAUGGACUAUGACUUCAAGGUGAAGCUGACCGGGGAGCGCGAGCGGGUGGAGGACCUCUUCGAGUACGAGGGCUGCAAGGUGGGCAGGGGCACCUACGGGCACGUCUACAAAGCCAAGCGCAAGGACGGGAAAGAUGAUAAAGAUUACGCUUUAAAACAGAUAGAAGGUACUGGAAUUUCCAUGUCUGCAUGCAGAGAAAUAGCAUUGCUGCGGGAGCUCAAGCAUCCAAAUGUCAUUUCUCUGCAAAAGGUGUUCCUUUCUCAUGCUGACAGAAAAGUGUGGCUUCUCUUUGACUACGCUGAGCAUGACCUCUGGCAUAUAAUCAAGUUUCACAGGGCUUCUAAAGCAAACAAGAAACCAGUUCAGUUACCUCGGGGAAUGGUGAAGUCGCUGUUAUAUCAGAUCCUAGAUGGUAUUCACUACCUGCAUGCUAACUGGGUGUUACACAGGGAUUUGAAACCUGCUAAUAUUUUAGUUAUGGGUGAAGGUCCUGAGCGAGGAAGAGUAAAAAUUGCUGACAUGGGCUUUGCCCGAUUAUUUAAUUCACCUCUGAAGCCUUUAGCAGACUUGGAUCCAGUAGUUGUAACCUUCUGGUAUCGAGCUCCAGAGUUGCUUCUUGGAGCAAGGCAUUAUACCAAAGCUAUUGAUAUUUGGGCCAUAGGGUGUAUAUUUGCAGAGCUGCUAACAUCAGAGCCAAUAUUCCAUUGCCGACAAGAAGAUAUCAAAACUAGUAAUCCUUAUCACCAUGACCAGCUGGACAGAAUAUUCAAUGUAAUGGGAUUUCCUGCAGAUAAAGAUUGGGAAGACAUAAAAAAGAUGCCAGAACAUUCAACCUUAAUGAAAGAUUUCCGGAGAAACACGUAUACCAACUGCAGCCUUAUCAAAUAUAUGGAAAAACAUAAAGUUAAACCAGAUAGUAAGGCAUUCCACUUGCUUCAGAAAUUGCUCACUAUGGAUCCAAUAAAGAGAAUUACCUCAGAACAGGCUAUGCAGGAUCCUUACUUCUUGGAAGAUCCUCUUCCCACAUCCGAUGUUUUUGCAGGUUGUCAAAUCCCUUACCCAAAACGAGAAUUUUUAACAGAAGAAGAACCAGAUGAUAAAGGAGACAAAAAGAACCAACAGCAGCAGCAGGGCAAUAACCAUACUAAUGGAACUGGUCAUCCAGGGAACCAAGACAACAGUCACACACAGGGACCCCCACUGAAAAAAGUGAGAGUUGUUCCUCCUACCACUACCUCAGGUGGACUUAUUAUGACCUCAGACUAUCAGCGUUCCAACCCCCAUGCUGCCUACCCCAACCCCGGACCAAGCACAUCGCAGCCACAGAGCAGCAUGGGAUACUCAGCUACCUCCCAGCAGCCGCCGCAGUACUCGCACCAGACCCACCGGUACUGAGCUGCACCCGGUGCCGUCGAUGCGCUGCCGCUGCAGGACCGGCCGCGCAGCUGCGUGCCAGGAGCCCGGCUGGGGCCACAGAAUGUACUGUACAACCACACCUCCCACCUGUCCGACCGCCACGACCCCCCCGCCACGGGGCCGGGGACUCCCACGUUGUACCUGGUUUUGGGGUUAGACUUGAAAAGAAAGUGCUAGCACGGUUUGUGUUGUGGAUAUGCUACUUCUGUAGUUUACUUGACAUGGUUCAGACUGACCGAUGCAUUUUUUUCAGUGACAGUCUGUAGCAGGUGAAGCUGUGAAAUGUGCUAGGGGCAAGCAUUUUUGUUGUCGUAUGUGGUGAAUUCUCUUGAUGUAACAACUUCAUCUGACCGAUAGUACACGACAUCUUUGAACUGGUACUUGAAGCAUACAGUAUAUGUUACCAUGGCAAAAAAGCAAACUAACCGUAACUCUCAGACAGUUUUGAUAGACAUUUAUUUUUAGUGACUUUUGUGGGUUGGUUCAUUUUCCAGCUAGAUCGAUGUUUUAUGACCGACACGAUUGCUACGAUGACAUUUUUUUUAAGAACAUGGAAGCGUUUGCAUUUUUUUCCCAGCAAUUACAAGCGUCCCAAAGAUUUAUUUCCAACAUGAGUUUUUGUUUUUGUUUUGAAAUCUAUGACUUGACUGGUAUUAAAGCUGCUAUUUGAUAGUAAAAUAAGUAUGUUGUCAUUGAUAUAAACAUGUUUGGUUCAGCAAACAAACUAAAAUGAUUGUCAUAGACAGUGUUUUAUUUUUUUCCUGUUGGUGUUAAUGAUUUGUGAGCAUGCUUUGGGAUUAAAAAAGCAUGAAUGAUAUUUCCUAAAAAGGUGCGGCAUCCAUUCAGAUAUUUUGUCAUGAUUUUUGAGAACCAGCUUGGUGUAGUGGAUUUUAAAUUUUGUUCGGUUAUUUUAUUUUUUUUAAAUGUUCGCACGUUGUUUAGGGGUGCCAUUCCUACUGCAGAGGAACAAGAUGUUAGGAGAGCCUUAGAAUUUAUGAGGAAAAACUUACAUACAAUGUACUGUAUCAAACUAUUUUACAUGAAUGACACAAGUAUUCUGAGUAAAAAAAAAAAAAAAUCAAACAUUGUUAAAACAAGGUGUUAUGUAAUAAAUUUAUUUUUCAUAAAUCUGCA